AACACCUCCUAAUCCAAGCAAAACACCCCAUCUCCCUCCUCACCCUGCCUCCUCCUCCUGUUUCUCCUUGUUGAUUUCAGUUUCGUUAAAUCCUUUGAUUCUGUUUUCCUUCUUUGGUUUUUUAGACUUUAUUCAGUACUAUAUUAUUAUAAAAAAAGAAAAAAAGACAGUAACAUUUUAGUAUUUUCUUUCUAACAUUUUUUUGUUUUGGUCUUGUUGAUGAGUGCAUGCAAGUUGGGUUUUAAUUAAUGGCAACGCAUUUGUUAGAAAACUCUGAGACUGGGAGAGAAUUCUUUAAGAAAUCAAACAAAAAAAAUUAAAUUAAGCCUUCCUGACAAAUGGGUGUAUCUAAAUCAGAUCAAAAAACACUUCAACUUCUUCUCCUUCUUCACGUUGCGUUUCAGAGAACCCAAAAAUACCUCCCAAUCCACUAAAAAACUUAUAUUAAAGAAGAGGGAAAAAAAACACUUGUUUUUUACCCCUCUUGUUUUAUAGAGCAGCAUCAUGGGAGAAGCAAACGCUAAUAAAAAUAGAAGCAGCAGUAGUGGAAGUAGCAGAGCAAUGGAGAGUCUUUCUUUGGAAAUAAACAGGUAUCCAAGAGAUCUGGUACAAAGACUCAUUUCAAGUGAUGCACAGCAAUAUAAAACAGCAACAAGUGAAGGAGAAGAAGCAGAGGAGGUUGAGUUAAAUCUUGGGUUAUCACUUGGUGGAAGAUUUGGGGUUGAUAAGACUUCAGAGAAACUAACGAGAUCAUCGUCUAUAGCUGGUUCAAUACCAUUGUUGAGAGACCAUGAUGCUUUAAGUACACCACCUGUAUCUUAUCCUCUUCUCAUGAGGACUUCUUCUUUGCCUACCGAAACGGAGGAAGAGUGGAGGAAGAGGAAGGAAAUUCAGACUUUAAGGAGAAUGGAAGCCAAGAGAAGGCGAAGUGAAAAGCAAAAGAAUUUGAGAGGAGAGUUGAAUUUGGAGGAAGUUAAAUUGAAUAAAGGGAACUGGGUGCCAACGUGGGCUAAUAAGCAGAGUGGUGUUGUGAAUAGGAGUAGUAAUUUGGAAGGUCAACAGCAGCAACAAGGGUCACGAGGAUCUGUGGAGUCUCUAGGAGGGAGCUCUUCUGGGUUGUCAGAAAUGGAGAGCAAGCCUGUUCAAGGAUCAAGCAGUGGCGGUGAAGCACGAAGUCCUGCUAGUAAUCAAUCCUUGCAGGAACGAAGCAGUCAAGAAGCUGUGGGUUCUUCCGGGACAAAGAAAAUUGAAAAUACAUGCAGAGCCUCCAGAACAGAAACGGAGAAUCUAUCCAAGAGGCUUGAUUCUGCAGAAAAUAGAGGGAGGGAAAUUGGGAACAAUGCAAUGGAAGAUAUGCCUUGUGUGUUUACUAAAGGAGAUGGUCCUAAUGGGAGAAGAGUGGAUGGCAUUCUGUACAAGUAUGGUAAGGGAGAGGAAGUAAGGAUAAUGUGCGUAUGCCACGGCAGCUUUCACUCCCCUGCAGAGUUCGUGAAGCAUGCAGGUGGCAGUGAUGUUGAUCACCCUCUUAGGCAUAUAGUGGUAAACCCUUCUGGUCCGUCCUUUGAAUAAUGUAAUGCGGUGUUCAUUUCACCCCUUAAAGAGAAGGAGGGAUGUGAAAUGGGGGAAAAAGAUGAGAGAAUUUUUGAAAAUAGCUAUAUUUUUUUAGGGUCCUUGAAACGGAAACCUAAUAUGACCAGCUAUUUUUCAUCUUCUAGAAUGUUUCAAAUGGUUUUUUGAGGUUGUAAUCUGUUUGUGAUACUUAUUUCCUUAUUGCCCCA